CAACGCCAAAGAGCCACCACCCCCAGUUUCCAGCUUCCUCACACGCGCACGACGCGCCAAUCGCUUCAAAAUGGCUGCAGCAGAAGCCGAAGUCGCAGACGCGCUCUACAACCUCCGCCUGAGCAUCAAAGCCAGCGCAACACCUAUUCUCACCACGAGCGCCGAACCUACACCUGCCGACACUGUCGCUGAUCUCUCCGUCGCAACACACGUCUCCUUCAAUACCGACUCUGGCGACCACAGAGUGUUUGCGCUGAACACACCCACGCGAUUCGCCCCAGAUGGCAAGGCGGUUGAUUUGCGCAGCUGCUACUUCGCGUGGCUGAACAAGGACGCUUCUGUCACCGACUACUUCGCCGCUGUCCAGACAAUCAACGAGGAGCUGCCAAGUGGUGCGGGAGGAAGUGUGCAGAAUUUGACGUUCGCGCAGAAGAUUGAGCUUAUUGCUUGGUUGAGCGGAGAGACGGAGAGCAGUGAUAGCAUCGCUCCUAUAGAUGAAGGCGCCCUGGCUGCGGCCGCUGGUGAUGCGGCGGCGAUUGCAGGUGGAAAGGGCGUUCCAGUUGAUGGAGGAAGGGGCACCAAAGUAGGGAGCGCGGGCAAGAUGGUGGAUGCGCGGUUACUGCAGAUCUACGACGGAGAAAGGAAGAUGGGAGACCACAACAGCGUGCUGAGAGGUACCAAGAACGUCGACUUCUCAUCUUACCGCAAGAUCGCCAGUACAUUCCUCCGCUCACGCCCCGACGCCAACAAAAUCCCUGCGCCUCAACCUGCCCUGGUCGCGAACCUCCAAAAGCGUACUCAGCGCCGUCUGCAACCCAUUAUCCUCCUGUCUCCAUCCGCCUCGUCCCUCCUCCGUACCUCGAACGUAAAAACCUUCCUGAGCGACGGCAUCUUCAUCCCACCCAAUACUACAGACUCGUCCAGCACAUCCGCCUCAGCAAACAUGAUCCAGAUCCAACGUCUCCUCCCCUCCAUCUCCUCACAACCGUUGACAUUUAUCUGCGUUGACUCCACCGCCAGUUUCAAGCCUACAUACUGGAGCCGUGUAGUUGCCAUCUUCACUACAGGCCAGCUCUGGCAAUUCAAGAGCUACAAGUACACCCAGCCAGCUGAGCUUUUUGCAAACUACCCAGGUAUUUUUGUGGGCUGGAGCUCAGAAGAGCCACCGGAGACGGUCAAGCAGCUGGGUAGGGGUGUGCUGCCUGUAGGCGUAGACAAGUGGACGGGAAGCGAAAAGGGUAGGUGGAGGGAUCGCGAGGUUGUAGAGAGAAUUUGGGGCAGGAUCGAGGAGGGUAUGCGGAAGGGCGGUUGGACUAGAGAUGGACCUGGUCUCGCUGGGCAGCAGGGACGAUAAGAAUCGAGACUAUGUGUGCCUUGAUAGGAGUCGAGUUUGUAUCGAUAUGUUACGGAAGUCUAUGCUGGGGUUCCUGGGUGUUUAGGCGUUGGAUUACCAUGCAUGGUCGGCAUAGCGCGCGGUGUAUACCUUCCAAAAGCUGGUUUCGCGUGUACUAGAUUUGACGGAAGAACAAAUUCAACGUAUAAUAGCGACAUGUUCAGACCAUUCAACUAAAAUACAAUCGGUU